AUGAAAAAUUAAAAUAAAUGGAGAUACGUUCCAAUUACCUACAAUUUGUCAGAAAUUAAAGGCAAGAGAUCAUCAAAACCUUACAAAUUCAAUGUUCACGAUCUAUGGUCUUUAUUCACCCACAAAAAUAUUGCUGAUUUAUUAAAUGACAAACCGCUGGAUAUUGUAGUUUCAACAUCUAAUUCCUUUACAGGCAAUACUAUAUUCUAGGAGACUAUGACCUAUCACGAAUUUUCAAAUUACAAAGGACCUCUUACAUUGUAUUUGGCAUAAAUCUAAUUAGAUUUGCCUUGCCCAAAAGUAUUGAGCGAUUCUGGCAAUGUAUAUUUAUGGUGUUCAAAAGGAUUUACAGAUAGUGGUUGGCAUUAUGACAGUUAUGAAAAUUAUUUGGGUGUCGUUGAGGGUACUAAAAUAGUUUACUUGAGAAAUAAGUGUAAGAAUUGGUCUUAGUUCGAAUCAGUUUGUUCUGAAUAGUAUAAUCAUCUUAAAAAAGGAUAAAAGUUAUUAUCCAAAUUUGUUAUUCUCCAAAAAGACGAAAUGCUUUACAUUCCUUAAGGAAUGUUCCAUAGAGUAAUUUCAUAUGAUUCAACUAUAGGAGUUAACGUUUGGAUGGAGAGUAUUACUCAAUCUAAACUUAAAGUAAAUCACUAUUAGUUAAGAUAUAUCUUAAAUGAAAUAAUUACUAAGGAUGUUAAAGAAUUCUUAAUUGAAUAAGCUAGUUUACGAUUAAAAACGAUAAAAAUAGAUUAAUACAAAGAGGAUAUUUUGAAUAGUUUUUCUAAUUUUACAAAUCUGCAUUCAUUUCACAGAAAUCAAAAACAAAAACCUCUCAACUAAUUAAUUGGCAUUUAUAUUUGCAUAUUGACAAACAUGCCUCAUAGAUAUAUGAUACAGUUUAUGCUUAUAAUUGAAGAAAUCGGUUCUAUAACUAUUUUCGAGAAGUUACCAUUUACAUACCAAGCCAUUAUUGCAUUAAAAUUAGAUGAAUUUUCAGAAUCUAUUGAAUAGAUUGAAUUUAGAGAAAAAAUUUAUGCUUUGCUCUAAAUUCAUGGAAAUCUUGUUGAGAGUUUAUAAGCAAGUAAAAACAAAUUAAAAUAUUAAAUUGCUUAACAAAUAAUUUCUAACCAUUUUAGAAUAUGA